GUUGCCGCUGACCCGCACACACACAUUUAUUAACGAGAGCGAGAAGAGCUCGUGGACAUUUUAGACCGCUUACAGACCAAAUGCCACGCUGUCAUUAGGCUAUUAUAAUGACAUGCCAAAAACUUGCAGUGCGGUCCAUGCUGAUGCAUUUUUCAAUAUGUUACAUAUAAGAAGACGCCUGUCGUGCGCUGGGCUCUCGCCUCACAGAGACACCUGUCCGGGCAUGUAGCGAAAUUCAUGAUGUGGCUGGACAGGCCCUAGGACUGCCUCAGUCAAACCCCCUGUUUUUGACUGUAUGGUGCUGAGGGCAUGAGAUCCCAUCAUGCUGCUGACCAGUGGCCAUGGUCUUGCCUAAGGGGCGACAGGAACUGUCAAAGUGCGUGAGGUCAGCACCCACACAAAAUUGUCAUGGGGACGGAAAGUUAUACCCAGCAGCUGGAGACCAGUGAUGGGGCUGGGACGCUGGCCAGCAUCACCGGCCUGGAGGGGCAAAUGGGAGCAAGUGCUGCUACAGGGUGGUACAUGCCUUAUCCAGUCAGCUUCCAGGUGUCACUUACCAGUUUCCUCUUAUUGGAGCUGGUUUUGGGCUUCAGCAGUAACUUGACUGUGCUUGUGCUUUACUGCUCCCAGUCCAACCUGGUCGAUUCAGUCAGCAACAUGGUCACGGUUAACUUGCACGUUCUGGACAUCGUUGUGUGUGUGUUGUGUCUGCCGCUAACCGUAGUCAUAGUGCUGCUGCCGACAGGUCGCAACCUGGCGCUCAUCUGCUGCUUCCAUGAAGCCUGUGUCACGUUCACCAGCAUCUCUACGGCCAUUAAUGUUCUAGUCAUUAGCCUGGACCGCUAUGACAUCUCAGUGCGACCUGCUAACCGGUUCCUUACUCCUCGAUGGGCAGCACUUCUGUUGGCUGCCGUAUGGGCUGUGUCUCUUGCUGUCUUCUUCAUCCCCUUCAUUGAGGUGGACUUCUUCUCAUCAGAGCCAGACAAUGGGCUGGCUGACAACUCCUUGAACCCAGCUUGGCGUAACCGGACACUGCUGUGUGUGGGAGGACAGGGUUACCACAUGGGCCUUGGGAUGUACUACCAUAUUCUUCUACAGGUACCCAUCUUCUUUGCCACACUGGUGGUCAUGCUUUUCACCUACUCAAGAAUCCUUCGUGCACUGAACAUUCGCAUUGGUUCGCACAUGAGGAGGAGCCAGCGAAGGAGUGGACCCACCUGUAGAGGGCGCCGCAGGAAACGGAAGAAAAAGGGGAGCUCUGCAGAUGUUGAAGGAGGAGUGCAAGCACCGAACCAGACCAAGAACCUUACGCAUCCACCACUCAUCUCCUCUCCAACUCCAACACCAACAGCCACCUCACCUCCACCCAUGUCCUCCACCCCGCUGGUCAGUGCCAGCACUGCCACAGCACCGGCUCCAGCAGUAGGAGUUCAAGCCUCGGUUUCGGCCAUCAUUGCUCUCCGCCGAGCUGUGAGGCGACACAGAGACCGGCGGGAGCGCCAGCGCCGGGUCUUCAGGAUGUCCCUCAUAAUUAUCUGCAGUUUCUUGGGGUGUUGGGCCCCUAUUUCUGUGGCAAAUAUCCUCAUCCUCGCAUUUGGCCCCAGUGACGGUCUGGUUCGGGCAAGGCUUUGGUUCUUGGCCAUGGCAUAUGGCACCACCAUAUCGCAUCCCCUACUUUACGCCUUCACGCGGCAGAAGCUCCGUCGGGCACUCAGGGCCAAGGUGAAAAAACGAGUAGUGUCCCUGCUGCAAGUGGACCCUUCUCCAGGUGGAACUGUCAUCCACAACUCCUGGGUAGAGCCACGACAGGGUCGUAAGCUUCGUUUAGAGGGAAGUGAUGCCACGGAUCGGUGUCUAACAGAACCACUAUGAAAUGAAAGAACAAGCCCUUUGGUUUAUCUAUGUAUCCACUGAGUCAGCCCUCUUGGGAAAGAAACGGUGUGGCAGCUCUAUCAUACAGAGUUUGAAAUGUGCUCUCCAACUCAAAAGCCACACAGUUAAGAAAGACGUGAGGAUGAACUAGGAUGAACCUAGCCAGUGGACUCACUGUAUGAGUAAUGGUCAGUGGAAUAAAAAUUAUGUUAACUUUGUAUGCUCAGAUAGUUAUUUGCUGAUCGACAAUUGAUGACGAUUGUUCAUUUGCCAUUUAACUUUAAUGUACAUUAUUUUAUUUGUGGAAAUGAUAAAGAAAAGAGGGUGUAUUAUAAGCAAGUCUAUUUUACAGUUGUUUCAUUUGUAGUAGAGGCCUACAUUUUUUGGCAAGCCAGGACCUAUUUAUUUUCUGUACCUAUGUUAUAUACUUAAUGUAAUUGUACAAUACAAGAUGACUGUAUUGUGUAUAAUGUGCAUAGUGUGCAUAAUUUAAAGAAAUGUAAGACAGUCAGUAAUAAGCUAAUCUGCAAUACUGCAACUUGAAGUCAAAGGGGGAAUGGCACAGGUGUGCCAAUUAAGCAGCUCAUUUGUUUGUUAACUAGCACUCUUGUUAGAGAUAAGACACAGAAGCCACCUCUGGGCCUCCUUAGCAACAGCUGUUUAGGAAAUUUUACUACCACCAGCAAACUAUGGAUCAUGAGGAGAAGGCUGAUGCAAAAGCUCAAGUGCACCGUUAGAUUCGCCCCUGGCCUCCUCCUCAUACACCUACACAUUUGAACACACUGAGUUAGACACGGACAUUAAAUGCUCAAUAGCCCAGCAGCACAGUGUACAGACAUACUACUAGAUUUUGUUUACAUAAUGGUAAACUUACUCUUUAAGAGCUCUUACCAAGGCGCUCACAUCCUAUAACAGCCUACAGUGAAGU